AUGUCGUCAGGAGGACAAAAUACAAAUAAUAAUCAAGCUGGUGUAAUUCCAGCUGGAGAUCCAAAUCAAGUUAUUCCAGCCGGUACUGUUGGUGUUAAUCCACAAAGUACUCUCAAUCCAAAUGUUCCACAUACUAAAGCUGACUUAGAUAAUCAUUCUAAUCAAUUAAAUCCAAAUAAUCCAAGAUAUUCAGGUCAUCAAGAACGUCUUGCUGCUGAAGAAGCUGCUCGUGAAGCCGCUGUUCUUCAUCAACAAGCUCAAGCUGCAUAUCAAUAUGCUAAUCAAAUGGAAGCUACUGCAAUUCAAGCACAACAAGCUGCUGCACAAUUAAGUCAACAAGCUACAUUUUGUGCGCAACAAGCAAGUGCAGGCUUAAGUAAUCGUGGUGGCGGUCGAGGACGUGGACGUGGUCGAGGUAGAGGCCGUGGACGAGGUGGUCGCGGUGGCAGUCAAAGCGGUCAACAAGGUGGUAAUAAUGAUAAUCAAGAAGGAGAAGAAGGUGAUUAUGAUGAAGGUGACGAAGGAGAUUACGAAGAAGGCCAUGAAGAAGAACAACAAACGUCUGAUAAUGCUCAACAAUCAACUGGUGGUAAUAAUCAAGCAUUACCACAACGACAAACCAAUCAAUCAUGA